UCUCGCUUACUACGGUUCAUCCGAUUUGCCCUGUCGGUCGCGAGCGAAGCGCUUAUUUGAGUGGGAAAUACGAAAUUUUUGAAAUUCCAUACCGGCCAUCUGAAAGUUCUUCUUUUGAAAUUUUAUCGAAGGGUUUUCUGAGAAAACUAUGUGAUAUUUCGUUUAGUUUUUCAGUGAAAGAAAUACGAGAAAACUUUUUUUAAUUGGAAAUUUGUCGUGGUUGUUUCGUCGAAUUAAAAAUAAAAUCUGAUCGCUACAGUGACGAACUUGGACAAAAAGCGCUAUUACAGUAAUUUCAAAGAAAGAUGGAUGAAAAUGCGGUAGAAAACCGGAUUUUCCGAAUCGCCUUGUUUGUGGCCAUCAAUUUCCUGCUCUAUAGUUCUCCCGCUGAGUCCGGUGUGGUAAAGCGGUCGAUUCGUAUGGUGAGAGAGGUAUAUCCACCCGAUGUCGAGCCAGAAAACCUGGAACAAAACCAACCACAAGUAUGCAUCGUGGGCGACGUAGUUUAUGGGGUAGACGAGACUGUUCCGGCCGAGCAACCCUGUUUGAAGUGCCGAUGCCAGCCGCCAGGGGUCCAGUGCGAAACUGUUCAGUGUGCCAAGAAGCCUGGAUGCAAGGCCAUUCAUAGACCGAAUAAAUGUUGUCCGGAUUAUCAGUGUGAAUGUGAACAUAACGGAAAAAUCUAUGCAAAUGGUCAAAAAUUGGAAACCAAUCCAGGAGGUGAAUGUAAAGUAUGUUACUGCAGAGGUGGAGAGGUGCAAUGCGCAGAAGUCUCUUGCUAUAUCAGAAACGAUUGCGAUGGUAAACGGGUACCUGGCACCUGUUGUCCCAAAUACGACCACUGUCCUCCUAUCGAUUCCUACUUGGAUAGUGGUAGAUCUUCUUCACCAGCCACGGAGCUACCAACACCAAAACCAGCCGAAGCAAACAACACUGAUUCACCCGUGUUUUCUACUAUGAGCAGUGUUCCUGAAGAUAGCAAUAAGGUACCUGAUACCAGUGAUAUCGGUACGGUAGCACCAGUUUUUGAAGAGAUUUUCAAGAAUGAUGAUGGGCCCAGAAUAACUAUUCAAGAAAUCAUUCCUGAAAGAAAGGAAAUUCCCAUCACGGCUCCACCAAAAAUAUAUAUUUCUGAACCACAAGGCACCCUUCUAAUAGAAGAAUCUUUGCCUACGAAUGAUUCUAAUGAUCUAAGCACUGAUUCUGAGCCCGAUUCAAGCGAAGUCUCAGAGGUAUUUCAGCACCCUCCACCAGUACUAAGAAUCGGAGACAAGUUAUUGUUUCUCAAGCAAGGUGAAAUAAUACCAGAAAAAGAUAUCACUACUCCCGAUACGGUUAUCACAAUAAUUGGCGCUGAAGGAUUACAACGUGGUGGGGAGGAAGAGAGCUUAGAAGUUCAUGAAGUUAAACUUGAAGAUGUGUCACAAAAUGCAAGUAGCGAUCCUAGUAUAGAACAUAAUAAAGAAACCAAAGAGGAUCAUUCAGGAGACACUAAUGACUUAGAACUUAAGCCAGCCGAAAGUACGCACAUUUUAAGUUUAGUAAAGCGUAAAGAUAAAAUCGUUACUACUACUACCACAGAUGUCACUACCUCAGCUAUAACAGAAAAUAUUGAAGCUGAAACAACUGUCAGAGCAACAAUUGAUGAACCCAAAUUAAUCGAACAAAAUAAACCUCAAGUUACUUUUAUCUCUACAGAACCCGAAACAAAACCUUCUACUGAAGCUCAGAUGAAAAAUACCGAACCCUUGCAGGAACAAAAUCCCGCUUAUCCUCCUAUACCGGAUAUUAUGCCUGCAGUAGGUGACGCAUCGCAAAAAUUUGAUAUUGAGCUAGAGAAUGAGAGUAAUACUUCUGCAGUUGAAGGUAAAAUUUUGCCCGAAGUCCUUGGCUUUUUAAGUAAUAAAACCAGAAACGAGACAACUGAGCACUCUGACUGGCUUAAGCUGCGAAAAAAUGAAACCCUAAUAGAUUUUAAACAAGCCACCCUUCCUGAGGAGCUUCUAAAUGAAAAAUCCCCAAUUGAUGAAGAGGAUAGUGCUACUGAAGUAAUAACUACUCCCGAGACAACUUCCGAAAUGCAUGAUAGCUUGUUUUUACUUAAGGAGGUCAUUGCUAAUGAUCCUGAUAUUGGUAAGGUUGCUGAGGCAACCACAGUAGAGCCUAAGCCAAAAGAAAAUGAUCCAGGAAAGGUUUUGGAAGGACCCCAACUGAUUGCUGAAGUGAAAAUUAACAAUGAUGAAUUAGAAAGGGUUACUAUAGAGCAUAGGAAGUUCGAUGAAGUAACUACAUUGUCAACCGAAGCUGGUACAACUGUGGCAACCAAAUCCAUUGAAAGCUUAGAAGUAGAAAGUGGAGAACAAACCACUCCAAGAACCAACCAUUCAUCCAUACUUUCAGCUGAAAAUGCUAGCGUUGAAAAUGAAAAUAAAGAGUUAGAAGUCAGCGAUAUGACUCAGCAACAACCAAAGGAAAACAGCGUUGAAUUGGGUAGUGUUGAACUAUCAGAAAACGGUUCUAAGCAGAUUAAUAAGGAAGUGGAGAUGUUGCCUGUGACGACAAUGGGAACCACUAAGCAAGACGUAGAAUUAAUUAAUGUUCUAAGUACACCAAAACCAACGAGUUUAGGAAAAGUAGAGAGCAGUACUUAUGAACUGUUACCAACCCCUGAGGAAGCUAAAUUAAAGAAACUCAUAAAAAGGGCAAUAAAGGCCGAAGAUGACGUUUUUAAAGAUUUAGAAAAAGAGCUUAAUGAGGAUUUAAAUACGCCUCAUAAAAGCUCAAGGCAAGAAAAGGAAGAAGCUGAUAAAAUUUUCAAGGAACUGCUUAACGAGACUAAAGGUACUGGAAGAAAUGUAAACAAGCCCAGAAGCAAAGAAGAAGAUAAUAUUGAAAAUAUAAGUCAGGCGUUAGCGGGGGUUGCUCUGAAAGGCAAACUCCCAGACUCCAAUGUAUUUAGACUUAUUGGUGACUUGCUGAAGGGUCAACAAAAAUAAUUACUGAGAAUUAGCCUGGAAUUAUUUAUGAUUAUGGGCAUUUGGUUGCCUCUCGAAAGCUUUAGAGCGAUUUGCCAAUAUAACUGUGAAAUAUUUAUAGCGUUAAGUGAUCCAGUAUUUAUCUUUUAGAUAUAUAAAGUGGUAGUCAUCACAUUUUUUAUCGAAUCAUCAUAUCAUCAAGAUAAUGAGUUUAAUAUGGUUCGAUUAGGGAAAUGUAGUAUUUACUUAAAACGUGUAUUUACAAAUCUUUUUUGUGAUAAUUUAAAAACUUCCCAGUAAUACUCCCUUUAUUAUAAGUAGUAGGUUAAUGUUAUUGUUAAGUAGUGAUCUUAGAGUAAGUUUAUUUAAAGAUACUAUUAAUUAAACUUUUAUGUUAAUGCACGUUACUCUAGAAUUAAGAUGCUCACGACGUAAUUUUAGGAAUGGACCUGUAUAUGUAGAUAGAGCUGGUUAAUAAUUACAUUGCUAGGUCGCUUUAGUCAUGAUCCCGUAUGAUUUUUAUUUGUAUUUUUAAAUGAGUUAAUAAAAUGAGAGUAAAAUAGAUAAGAUAAUGAUUUGAGGAUAAUUUGUAAAAAAAAUAGAAGAGACUUUUAGACUUUAAGUUUAAUUAUUAAAUUAUAAAUAAUAUAUUAUAAAACUUUGUUACUGUUUUAGGUAAAUUAAACUUUUAAGUCCCGGUAUAAUAAAUAUAAUAAACCUAAUUUAUUAUAAAGAUUA